AUGAGUAUAAUAAGUGACGAAACUGAAAUGGAUUUAGAAAAGUGUGUACAGACGUAUGAAGAGGAGGAGAUAGAAUUGCCAGCAGACAGUUCUGGUGGAAAGUUGAUGUACUUCCUUGCCCCAUAUUUCUUCGAGAAAACAUGGAUACAUGACAUUAUCGGUUCUCUUUCAAAUGCAUAUGCUUCAUCGGCUGCACGUGUAGCGUACUUUGCUCUGCGAGACUUUUAUGGUAAUAAAAUUGAAACAACAUUUUCAGACAUAUUUUCUCCCUUAUGGAUGAUCAUUCAUUACUUCCUAUGCUUUACAUUUUCUUUUUGGAACUUCAUCGACAAUAGGAAAAAGGUUAAUAUUGAGAAAAAAGUGCUCCAACAAUUAUUGAAGGAAGUGGCUGAAAUAGACCUGACCGGGGAUCCAGUAGCUUGGCAAAGAGUUGCAUCUAGAGUUAAUCACUUUUCUAAAGAAGGGGGAAAUCAUUAUUCUCUUUUCUACAGUGGGGAGCAUUGUAUGCGCUUUUUUGUGAGAGAAAUUGUAAAACCAAUAGAGUGUCAGACGUACGACAUCAGGUGUUAUCAAGAAGGAAGUACGGUAGUAAAUUUUUGGAAAAAUCCACCAAAUAAAGCGCUAACUGAGAGAGCACUUGCGAAUUAUAACAAGUGCGUUGAAAGUUUUGGUAAAUUAUCACAUACGGCAGAAAAAGAUGAAUUUAGAGAUGGUAUUUUCGAGAAGUUUCAUAAUAUCUUCAACACCUCAUUGUUUUACUUGGUGAUAAUAGAGCUAGGGUCCUUUAUGAUUAUGAUGCUGACCUUCAUUAUCUCGAUGAUUUGUUGUGCCAUUUUUAAUUCAUUCGCUACAUCUCAAUAG